AUGUCCGACAACAACGACGAUGACGGCCCUCCACCCUACGCCAACCACGUAAAGACGGUGCUCGAGCAGGGCGUCGUCAUGGGCAACCUGCCCAAGGUGACAACGGAUCCGAACCUCCUCGAGGAGCAGGCGCGCAAGGAAAUGGUACUCCAUAGGGGCUUUGAGUAUAUCCGUGGCUCCGCUGGCGAGGCCGCAACCAUGCAUGCCAACCGUCUCGCCUUUCGUUCGUGGAAGAUAAUUCCCCGCAUGAUGAGGCCGACAGGAGACCGGGAUCUGAGCGUGACCCUGUUUGGCAAAAAGUACAGAUCGCCCCUCCUCAUGGCGCCGCUCGGUGUCCAGGGCACCAUGCACCCUGACAAGGAGAUUGGCAACGCCCAGGCGUGCGCGGAGCUCGGCGUGCCCUUUACGCUGAGCACUUCGGCCACGACGGGCAUCGAGGAGCUCGUCGCGGCAUCGCCCGAGGGCGACAAGUGGUUUCAGCUCUACUGGCCGCAGGACGAGGAAAUCACCGCCUCGAUCCUGACCCGGGCCAAGAAGCACGGCUACCAGACCCUGGUCGUGACGCUCGACACAUGGAUCAUGGGCUGGCGACCGAGCGACCUGGACACGGCCAACAUACCCUUCCUCACCGGCGUCGGUGACGAGGUCGGCUUCCAAGACCCCGUCUUCCGGCGCAAGUUUGCGGAGAGGACCGAUGGUGAGACGCCCGAGGAGAGCCCCGUCUUGGCGGGCAUGUACUGGUGCAGCGAGAUCUUUCCGGGCGUCAGCCGCUCGUGGGACGAGAUUCGGAUUCUGCGCAAGUACUGGGAUGGGCCGAUGGUUGUCAAGGGUGUGCUGAGCGUCGAGGACGCCCAGCUCGCCGUCGAGUACGGCUUGGACGGCGUCAUUGUGAGCAACCACGGUGGGCGCCAGGUGGACGGCGCCAUCGCCAGCCUUGAUGCGCUACCGGGUAUUGCCCAGGCGGUCGGGAGCAAGAUUACCGUCAUGAUGGAUUCCGGCAUCCGUACCGGCGCGGACAUUUUCAAGGCUCUUUGUCUCGGAGCGCAGGCCGUGUUUGUUGGCCGGCCUGUUGUCUACGGAUUGGGUAUUGCUGGUAAGGACGGCGCGUAUGCUGUCCUGGCGAACCUUCUUGCAGACUUGGAUAUCACGAUGGGUAUUUCUGGCGUCAAGAACAUAGCGGAACUCAACCCCUCGAGGGUAGCCAAGAUUCAACACCCGGGCGAUGUUCGAUCGAAUCUGUAA